AUGCGUCGUGCCUCCGUGUCCACCUUUGACCAAGUUCGGGGAAAAUACAGUCAAUACACUAAAUCAGCAGUGGUGAAUGCCUACCGAAGUAUUGCCUACGGAGAGUCAUGGUCGGACACACCCCUCCUCGCCGCCUACGUCAACGGGACGCUCCUCGUGGCCUUUGGAAGCUGCUCUCCACACACCACCCGCAGCUUCCGCCACUUCUUCACCAUCGCCUCCGCGGAUAACAAACAGACUCGGGCUGCCUAUGACCACAGAAUAAUACGCGCGAACAAGUAA